CAGGAAAGAAAAAAAUACUCCUCUAAACAAAGUGGCUUUCUAUUCAAAUUUGGACAAAUAAUUUUUUUUUGGGAAAAAAGCAAUUCACCUUUAGUAAUUUAUGCUUUGGCUUUUUUUUUAUUAAACAGUAUUCAAUUUUUAGAAUCAAUUAAUCUUGAGUUAAUCUUGGAGUUGACUGAUGUUAACGUCAUGGAAGAGGUUUCCCACCAAGUAUCUUUGGCCUUUAAGAAUUGGUGGAGGAGAGUGAGAUAUUUUAAUUUUGAUUUGCAAAUAAUAGGGGAUAAAAUGAAAAAAGAUAAAAUAUUGGGGUAAAAUAAAACGACUCACUAGAAGUCAACGACGACAACGAGAAAUAGAAAUUGUUUUUCUUUUGUCAUUUUAAAUUAGCAUAUUUUUGUUAUAAUUAAUCUUUUCAAAUCGUUUUUUUGGAUCAAACUGAUUGUGAUAGAUAAAUUGCAACUCCAGCAUUUCUAUGAUUUAAUUCAUUCUUCACUUUCGUGCUAUAUCGUCCUUUGUCGAAAUUCCUCAACAAGAUCAAAAAUUGUUUUUUUUUUUAAAAAAAAAUCUUCACGGCAUGAGAAUCUGUGUGUUAAUUGUCUCCUUCGUUGUUGCUCUUCGCGCCGCCGUCGCCCAACUGCCGCUGUACAACAACUGCACCGGAGGCACGUUUGACUCGGCGGUCAGCGGCGGUUUCGGUGGAAGCCUCAGCGCGCUCUUCUCCUCCCUAGCUUCCGCCUCCUCCGCCUCCAACGCCGCGAAUGACACUGCCGGCGCCGGCUCCGACGCCGUCUACGGCCUGUACAUGUGCCAGGGCGACCUCUUCGGCUCCGACUGCCUCAGCUGCGUCCAGAUGGCGAUCGCCGAAAUCAACCAGUCCUGCGCCGGCUCCCGGAGGGGAGACAUCUGGUACGACCAGUGCUUGCUCCGCUACUCCGACCUCGACUUCUUCGGACAAGUCGAUUCUGCCGGCCUCAACAUGAGCAACCCCGGCGAGCAGACCAGCUCCAUGGAGCCCUACGAGAUGAUGUCGGCGUUGGUUGAAGAGUCUCCUUUCCGGCGGCCGCUGAUGUUCGCCUCCAACGCCUCCGACCUCUACCCGAUCUUCGCCAUCGCCCAGUGCACCUCCGACCUCACCUCCGCUGGCUGCCAGCGCUGCCUCACCUCGAUCUUGGCCUUCACGCGGACCUGCUGCCUCCGCCACAAAGGCUGGCGUUACAUCUCCCCGAGCUGCUGGAUCCGAUACGAGGCCACUCCGUUCUUUGCCGGAGGCGAUUACAGCAUCAUCCGCAGUCGCUGCUCUGACGACGACAUCCCUGCCGCCUUUCUCGCUUCCGAGCAGUCGAACCUCCAAACUGCAAUCGCCGAAUUGGAAUCCAAUGCCAAUUCGAGCGGCUUCUACAACACCACAACAGGCGAUCGGAGAGUUGGAGAUUUAUUUGCCCUUGCGCUCUGCCGGGAAGACCCCGCGGCACUGCCGAGCAGCGCGUGCACCGGUUGCCUCCACAGAGCCAGCGCCGCCAUGGCGGGCGAGUGCCCGAACAAGACGCAGGGGAUCAUGUGGUACGACGACUGCCUCUUGCGGUACUCGAACCAGAGCAUCUUCAACGUGGUGGACGUCGAAGGGAGUACCUUUUGCAGCGACAAUAGCGUCUCGUCGGACACCGACAAUAUAACUAUAACCGGAGCUUUGGCGCUCGUCGAAGCGGCGGUGGGAAGGGCGUCGUUGUUCGCUUCCGGCAUUAUCACGUUACGCAACUCGAAUACGAGCUACGUGACGGCGCAGUGCACGAGGGAUCUGAGCAGGGAGAAUUGCCGUAGCUGCUUGGGGAACGCGAUGAGUAGGAUCGUGACGGAUUGCCGGCAGCGAAGAGGGUGGCAGUUCUUGUCCGGGAGCUGCAUGAUUAGAUACGAGGUGUAUCCUUUCUUUAACCUGACGGCUUCGACGAUAACAAUCACGGCAGCCGCCCCUCCGCCGGCUCUUAGUGCCGCUCCUCCGCCGGCACUUGGUGGUGGUGGUGGAAACCCUUCGCGAGAAGGACGCCGUAGUAGAUCAUCAAAUGUUAUAAGAGUCAUUGCAAUUGUUCUUCCAAUUGUGGCAGUUUUGCUCCUCUUUGGAAUGCUUCUCUUCUAUCGAUGGAAGCUAAGAAGAAAAAGAGAUCAUAAGAAUCUUUUGGAUCAAGAUUUCAAACCUAGAGAGAUGUUCUUUUUUGAUUUCGACAACAUAAAAUUGGCUACUAAUGACUUUUCCAAUGAAAACAAGCUCGGGGAAGGUGGAUUUGGACCUGUGUACAAGGGAGUUUUACGUGAUGGAACAGAAAUAGCAGUCAAAAGAUUGUCAGAGAAAUCCAAACAAGGCCCAACUGAGUUCAAGAAUGAGGUGAAGCUGAUCGCAAAGCUUCAGCACAAGAAUCUUGUGAGGAUGUUGGGAUGUUGUGUGGAAGGCGAAGAAAAGCUACUAAUCUAUGAAUUACUCCCCAACAACAGUCUUGAUGCCUUUCUGUUUGAUGCAAACAAGCGUGCACAGUUGAAUUGGGAGAGAAGGUUUCUGAUAAUCUCAGGGAUUGCGAAAGGCCUUCUCUAUCUCCACGAAGACUCACUUCUGAAGGUCAUACAUAGGGAUCUCAAAGCUAGCAACAUCUUGUUGGACAGUCACAUGAAUGCCAAGAUAUCAGACUUUGGCAUGGCAAAGAUUUACCUCACUGAUGAAAAUGUCGUCAACACGAAUCGAAUUGUUGGAACUUUUGGAUAUAUGGCUCCGGAGUAUGCCAUGGAUGGAGUUUUUUCAGUGAAAUCAGAUGUGUACAGCUUCGGUGUUCUCCUCUUGGAAAUCAUAAGCAGCGAAAGGAAUGGCAGAGCACAUCUCGAGCGACACGGACAGAACCUUCUCAGAACUGUAAGUGAUCAAAGUUUCUCCAUUCUUUUGGCUGUACAUGUUACCAAUAGCAUCAAACUAGUAAAAUUGCUUGGAUCUUUGGAGGCAUGGGAUCUGUGGAAGGAAGACAAGGCUAUUGAAUUCAUCGAUCAAUCGUUCAGGGAUCAUUGCCCGGUUAGUGAAGUAGUGAAAUGCAUCCACAUAGGGUUGUUGUGUGUUCAGGAAAAUGCAGAAGAAAGACCCACCAUGUUUACUGUGGUUGUCAUGUUGAGAACUGAAAACAUGGAGCUACCUCCGCCUGGACAACCAUCAAACUUCGUAAGGAAGCCUCCGGAGGGCAAUGCAUCUUCGUCGUCGCCGAGCUCAACUCCUUCAGCUCUUCAAUCUGUCAACGAGGUCACAGAGUCUCAGCUUGCUCCAAGAUAGCAAACUGUCUAGUAUUUGAAGUUCUAAAUGCAGAUAUAUUUAGAUUUUACUAAUCCAUUUGCUUGAUUUUCUCUAGUUUUUCUGAUAGAGUUUGAAUUUUGUGGAGUAUCAAAAGACACCUUCAUACUGAAAAAUAAGAAAGAGAUGAAACUUUAAGUGCUAAGAUAUGUGAUUACCUG